AUGUGGCAAUAUUGGCUGCCCUUGGAAAUCGUCAUUUCUUACCUCGAUGUCGCAACAAACUCCAGUCUGGUUCCAUAUGCUACAGUUAGCCGAGAAUGGCAGGCCUGCAUUGAGCAACGCACCUUUGCAAAAAUCAACCUAAAUGACCCCCAGCGGCUAGAGGAAUUCCGUCAAAUUGUCGCUUGCAAUAAGCAAAAGCGGAUAUAUGUUCAGGAAAUUCAUCUCCUAAUCCCUAUUGAGCCAUACGACAUUAAGGCGCAUGCCUACUUUGAGACAGUUGCUGAGCACAAUCGCAAUAAUAAAAUCUUUGUCCAAACAAUACAAAACAUUCUCCAGAUUCUAGCAACGUGGCCGGAGAACCAACGAGGAAUCAAACUAUUCAUUCAGGCGCAGUCCCCUAGCGACCCUAUCAGAGGCGACAAACAACGUCUUAAAAGAGCUCGGUACACACCACAUGAGGAUCUACUAGACCGGAGAUUUGAAAGGUCUUAUCUCCAGGUAUCUGAGGAAGACCUGAAACGUCUCCCGCCUGUGGUGGCAGUGACUACACUUGUUAUCUAUGGGGGGAUGAGAUUUGAACGGUUGAUUAGACCCUCAGCAACGGCUGUCAUUGCGUCAAAAAUGCCACGGUUACAGAUUAUGGCAGUGAACCUCAAGGAUAACGAAAAAAGGGAUCAAGAGCUCCGCAAGCGCGACCAGGAUGAUUUUGCGAAUUCAUUUCAUCUCAUGCCACCAUCAGUACGGAGAUUUAACCUUGUAUUCUACAACGAGGCACCACGAAAUGAGGCUUUCCAACCCAUCAACCUUGUUGAAGGUAAAAUCGAGGACCUCUUCAGUGCUCAGCUACGGGCCUUUUCACAGCAGCUUACAUCAUUAUCUCUGGACUCUGCUGUUAUAGGGAAAGAGUUAUUCUGGCCAGUUAAUGAUGACGGGAAUCCACAGCUUCCAUACUGGCCAAAUCUAACUAUACUCAGCCUCGAUUACCAACCCACGAGCCCUUCUGGAGAGUGGUAUUUUGAGCGAGACCCUAACGAAGAUUUAGGCUUUGAGGUUGAUGAGCGAGAGGAAACACUCCUGCCAGAUUAUUUGCAGCCGGCUCCUGAGGACCAACGUCCACGAUUUUUGCGUUCAAAAGCAUCAGUGAAACUCAUUCAGGAAUUUUAUAUCUCGGCUGGAAGGGCAGCACAGCGCAUGCCACGGCUGCAGUAUAUGGAUUUGAAGUGUUCCCCUGGUCUGAUAAGUCACCAGUUCGAAUACCAGGUAGAGGAAAAAGGUGCAACAGCAACUUGGACAGACCUAGCUGGGUAUGCACCAGAGGAAUGUGUUGUGCAGGCUUGGAGGGAUGCCGCUUUCGAGCACACUGGCAUGGAAUCAAGCUUAGAGGUCAAGUUGGUAGGCAGGACGGGUACAACUUGA